AUGAAACCACAAACAAGAAUUUCCAGAAAAUCCCAAUCCACCCCAAAAAAGACAAUACAAGUGAACCAAAAAGCCUUUAUUGAUAUUGAAGAUGAAAAAAAGGAAAAACAUAGAUUGGUAGAAGCUAAAGGUAGAGGUAGAAGAAUUAAAUUAUAUGAAAAGUUGAAUUUAUUAUUAAAAGAUCUUGAAAAAAAAGUUGGUAAAGAAAUUCCAUCUGAAGUUUUAAUUAUCAAAGAAGAUCUAACAGAUGAUAGAAGAAAAUUGAAAUCAAACAAAAAGAAAUACAACAACGAAGAUAUUUUAAGAAAAGUUCAUGUACUAAUUCACAUAUCAAAUUGUAUCACUUCUAAAAGAAAUUCUAUUAGAGUUUCAAUCAAUGGUAAAAAUAUUGAAAUUCCAUCAACAACAACGACAACAACAACAUCAACAACAACAACAACAACGAUAUCAGAUAAUUACACAAUUUCUCAUUUUCCAACACCUCUACAUUCACCAAGAGAUAUCGAUGAACCAAUAUCACUUCCAGAAUUACCAAGCAAUGUUAACAUCACAAUCAUUCAUUCACCAUUAAGUAGUGAAUUAGAACAACUUGCCAACCUCUCAAUAUCUCGUCUUACACAACCAGAGCCAAAACAUCAAAUGUUUAUUGAUUUAUACUUUUCCAGUUUUGAUGUUUAA